AGAGCACGCUAUUACAGAGUAAGAAAUGGCUUCCCGUGUCGCCGCAAGAGCAAGUUCGCCUGUUUCCGAUGAUCUGGAAUGCAUGGAUAUGGUUCAUCCAAUGAAAUCCAGCAAUAAUUUACCUCUCACCAGCACAACUCCUUCAAUGCCUCCUAUCAUACGAACAACCGACAGACCGGUGGUAUUGUACAUGGCUCCAGUGCAUAAACUUCGACAUGCAGACGAUCCAGUUACCACAGACGCAGAUGUGAAGUCGUCGCUCGAAAAUAUGCAGCUGAAAUGAGUUAGAAACUGAAUCCAGCUGAGUCACAGUGCUAAAAUCGCCACAUCGCCCACAUGCAUCUCGUUGCUUUAAAUCUCAUUUAGAAAUCCAAGCUCGCUUAUUGUGGUUGUGAUUUACUACAGAGUUUGCUAUCUCUCCUGGUUCUGCCUUUCAGUUGUACGAAAACUUUUUUUUUUCACAUCCUUUGCACACCACGGGUAUGUACAAUUAGGUUUACGACGUAAACCGAAUAAGGAAGAAGCUGUCUGCGCUACUGGCAAUCAGAAAAACUGAUUUGCCUCCCGCAUUGCUGCUAUAGUAUCAUGUACUGAUGCGGAAGACGCUCAAAAUUCUUCCAGAAAAUAUUUGGAGCAUUAUGAGCUGAAUCAGAUCACAUCGGCUUUUGUAAUGCUGU